UUCUACGAGUUCGAUUCUUUUGGAGCUUUUGCGCAGUCAGUACUUAUUCCUACAAAGCUCUACCUCAACUGUCUUCAUUUGAACACUCCUUAUCCUGAAAUCGUAGAGAAGAAACUGAGAAACAAAAGCCACAAACAUGAGAAGGGCCUUUUUCAGUUAUCUUCUCUUUACCUUACUUGUAUUUGCCAUCUCUUCUAGUACUUCUACAUCUUCUAUUGAUCUUGACAUCCUAAUGAAGGUUAAAGCAUCACUCGUCGGAGCAAAAGGUUUUGGCCUCGAUGACUGGAAACCCACCUCUGUUCCCAACUCACAUUGUUCUUUCUCAGGCGUCUCAUGUGACAAUGAUUCUCGUGUGAUUUCCCUCAACGUCUCAUUCGUUCCCCUCUUUGGCUUCAUUGCGCCGGAGAUUGGAUUGUUAAACAGGCUUGUCAAUCUGACACUCACCUCAACCAAUCUCACAGGAACACUUCCCAUUGAGAUUGCGAACUUGACUUCCCUCAAGUUCCUUAACCUCUCCGGCAAUGGCCUGAUCGAUGAAAUCCCCGAGGAAGUCGCCGGAGGAUUACCUGAAUUGGAGGUUUUCGAUGUCUAUAACAACAACUUCACAGGAAUUCUACCGCUGGAGAUCGUCAAGCUCAAGCGGCUCAAGCAUCUGAGUCUCGGUGGCAAUUAUUUUUCCGGUGAAAUCCCUGCUAUAUACUCUGAGAUGCAGAGUUUGGAAUUCUUGGGUUUGAACGCUAACAACCUCACUGGCAAGAUUCCAGCGAAUUUGAGCCGCCUAUCGAACCUUCAGUACCUUUACAUGGGGUAUUUCAAUUCCUAUGAAGGAGGAAUCCCACCUGAGUUCGGCUCCUUUCCCUCUCUGCGGAGGCUUGACCUCAGCAGCUGCCAACUCACCGGCGAAAUUCCGACGAGUUUGGGACGUUUGAAACUAUUGGACACGUUGUUCCUGCAACUGAACAAAAUUUCAGGACAGAUUCCGGCGGAACUCUCUGGACUCGUCAGUCUCAUGUCCCUCGAUUUAUCCAACAAUGAGCUCACCGGAGAGAUACCGGAGAAUUUCUCCGAGCUGAAGAAUCUAACGUUGCUUAAUCUGUUCCGCAACCAUCUCCAUGGCCCAGUUCCACCGUUCAUAGCGGAUCUCCCUAAUCUCGAGGUCUUGGAGAUAUGGGAGAACAACUUUACGUUGGAACUUCCGGUUAAUCUUGGCCUCAGUGGAAAGCUCAAGUACCUUGACGUAACAUCGAAUCAUCUCACCGGAACGAUACCUCCAGGUCUGUGUACCGGGAAGAGGUUGCAGAGGCUGAUAGUGAUGAAAAAUUUCUUCUUUGGACCGAUUCCAACUGAACUCGGUGAGUGCAAAUCGUUGAUUCGGGUCCGACUUUCGAAGAAUUUCUUAAACGGAACGAUUCCACCUGGGUUCUUGAACUUGCCUUUGGCUAACAUGUUGGAACUCAGCAACAACCACUUCAGUGGCGAACUCCCCGACGAGAUUUCCGGCGAAAAUCUUGGUCUCUUGACGCUGUCCAACAACGUGAUUACUGGUAGAAUUCCUAAAUCUAUCGGAAAGCUCGCCAAUUUGCAGAUACUCUCCCUCGACAUAAACCAGUUUUCCGGCGAGAUUCCACCGGAGAUGUUCCAGCUCAAGUCGCUUUCCAAGAUAAACAUCAGCAGUAAUAAUCUCAAAGGCUCGAUUCCGAGCACUCUCUCUCGCUGUUCUUCUCUUACAUCGAUUGAUCUCAGUCAAAACAAUCUAAUCGGAGAGAUUCCAAAUGAUAUUGCAAAGCUGGACAUCCUCAGCACUCUCAACCUAUCGAGAAACCAAAUUUCUGGCCAAAUACCGACUGGAAUUCGAUCACAGACGAGCCUAACAACGUUGGAUCUCUCUUACAACAACUUGUCAGGUACAAUUCCGGUUGGGGGACAAUUCCUUGCUUUCAACGGCAGCACUUAUAUAGGAAACCCCAAUCUCUGUAGUCCACUACAUCACACCCCCUGUCCAUCUAUCCAAACCCCAGCAGGUUCUGAACAGAGAAGGUCAUGUUCGAAGAUAAUUGUCAUCAUCGUAUCAGUAAUUGGAACUGUGUUACUUCUCACCACCGCCAUUUUAAAGGUCAAAUGUUACUGGAAAGAACACCACAAAUCAAAGGCCUGGAAACUGACUCCAUUCCAGAAACUUGGUUUUAAAGUGGAAGACGUAAUCGAAUGCUUGAAAGAAGAGAACAUCAUCGGCAAAGGAGGUGCAGGGAUCGUUUACAGAGGAUCGAUGCCGGACGGAGUGGAUGUCGCAAUCAAGCGACUUGUUGGUCGGAGUAGUGGGAGGAGCGAUCAUGGCUUCUCAGCUGAAAUUCAGACUCUGGGAAGGAUUCGACACCGAAACAUCGUGAGAUUGCUAGGGUUUGUCUCGAACAAUGACACAAAUCUAUUACUGUACAAGUAUAUGCCGAAUGGAAGCUUGGGAGAAAUGCUUCAUGGUCCGAAAGGGGCGCAUUUGCAGUGGGAGACGAGGUAUCAAAUUGCAGUGGAAGCAGCGAAGGGGUUGUGUUACCUUCACCAUGAUUGCUCUCCUCUGAUCAUCCAUAGAGAUGUGAAGUCCAAUAAUAUCUUGCUUGAUUCGGACUUGGAGGCUCAUGUUGCAGACUUCGGGCUCGCCAAGUUCUUGCAAUCCUCCGGAGCUUCGGAGUGUAUGUCCUCCAUUGCUGGCUCCUACGGCUAUAUCGCACCAGAGUAUGCGUACACACUGCGAGUGGACGAGAAAAGCGAUGUGUAUAGCUUUGGUGUAGUAUUACUAGAGCUAAUCACAGGGAGAAGGCCAGUGGGAGAGUUCGGGGAGGGCGUGGACAUAGUGAGGUGGGUGCAGAAGACAAUGUCGGAGAUAUCAAAUCCAUCGGAUGCGGCAGCCGUGCUGGCAGUGGUGGAUCCGAGGCUGAGUGGAUACCCAUUGUCUGGGGUGAUCAAUUUGUUCAAGGUGGCAAUGCUUUGUGUUGAAGAAAAUAGCCCCGAGAGGCCUACGAUGAGGGAAGUGGUUCACUUGCUCACCAACCCACCCCCGUCUCGCUCUAAUCUACUUGACCUUUGAUAAGGUUCAUGUGCGUUAGGGUACAUGGUGGAAUUAGAAACUGAUAUGAGGAAUGCCAAUAAAUCAUAAUAAUAGUUAUACAAACUCUGUUCUUUGGUAUUAAGUUUGAGGGGAACGUACAUCAAAUCGUGAUUGUCAUUUCAAAACUCAUGUUAGUUUGACUCUUCCACAUUAAGUUUGAGGGGGAUGUUAAGGAAUAA